AUGGAGAAGCGCUUUUCUGUGCUAUUGGCUAUAGCAUAUUUAAGCCUUAUAAUAUUUUCACUUUUUUUACAGCCAAAAUAUGGUGGGAAGAUUAUAGACAUUGUUUCGAAGGAUAUCAACGGGCCUGAUCAGCGAGAGAAAGCAUUAGAUGCUGUCAAGAACACUAUAUUAGAUAUCAUAUUGGUAGUUGUUGGAGGCUCAAUCUGUGCUGCUUUACGGGCAUGGUUAUUUAGUUCUGCGAGUGAAAGAGUAGUUGCUCGUUUAAGAAAGGAUUUGUUCGGCCAUCUUAUAAAUCAAGAGAUAGCAUUCUUUGACGUUACUCGAACAGGGGAACUUUUAAGCAGGCUAUCAGAAGAUACACAAAUCUUAAAAAAUGCUGCCACUACAAAUCUGUCGGAGGCCCUGCGGAACCUUUCAACCUCAUUUAUUGGUCUUGGAUUUAUGUUUUCGACAUCUUGGAAGUUGACCUUGCUGGCAUUAGUUAUAGUGCCUGUUAUAUCUGUGGUUGUGCGUAAGUUUGGGCGUUUUCUUCGGGAACUUUCCCAUAAGACUCAGGCUGCAGCUGCUGUAGCUGCUUCAAUAGCUGAGGAAAGUUUUGGAGCUAUACGCACCGUACGGUCUUUCGCUCAGGAGGAAUAUGAAAUUUCUCGCUAUUCAGCUAAAGUGGAUGAGACCUUGAAGCUCGGUCUCAAGCAAGCCAAAGUUGUUGGUCUCUUUUCUGGUGGAAUGAAUGCAGCAUCCACGUUGUCGGUCGCCAUUGUAGUACUCUAUGGAGCCAACCUCACCAUCAAGGGAUCCAUGACAACUGGGGAGUUGACUUCUUUCAUCCUUUACAGCCUUACAGUUGGUUCGUCAGUCUCGUCCCUAUCGGGAUUGUAUACGACAAUGAUGAAAGCUGCAGGUGCGAGCCGGAGAGUUUUUCAGCUUCUCGAUCGGGCCUCAACUAUGCCGAAAUCUGGCGAUAAAUGUCCCGCUAGUGAGAAAGAUAGCGAAGUGGAACUCAAUGAUGUCUGGUUCGCAUAUCCUUCUCGUCCCAGUCAUAUGGUAUUGAAGGUGAGCAUAGUGAGCCAGGAGCCUGUCCUCUUCAACUGCUCAAUAGAAGAAAAUAUUGCUUAUGGCUUAGAUGGAAAAGCGAGCAGCACAGACACAGAAAAUGCAUCUAAAAUGGCAAAUGCGCAUGAAUUUAUCUCCAAAUUCCCCGAACAAUACAAAACAUUUGUUGGUGAAAGAGGGAUCAGACUUUCCGGAGGCCAGAAGCAGAGGAUAGCUAUCGCGAGGGCUCUACUGAUGAACCCGCGAGUUCUUCUCCUAGAUGAGGCUACGAGCGCUCUCGACGCCGAGAGCGAAUAUCUUGUUCAGGAUGCUAUGGAUUCCUUAAUGGAGGGAAGAACGGUGCUCGUGAUAGCGCAUCGGCUGUCAACGGUUAAGAGUGCCGACGUCGUUGCAGUCGUGUCGGACGGACAGAUAGCGGAAAGUGGGACUCAUGAUGAGUUACUAAGCCAGAAUGGGAUCUACAAUGCACUUGUAAAGAGGCAGCUACAAGCAGCCAAAGUUGAAAUUUAGAUUUAUGCUUCUCCUGGGCAGUACAUGCAAAAAAGCAGCAGUUAUUUUUCUGCUGAUUCUUAAAGGCUGAGAACUGCUUAAAGGCUGAGAACUGGUUUAGAUGACUUAUUGGAGAAGACAUAAUGGAUCUGAAAGCCCAAAUGGGAGAUGGCAAUUUUUUUUGGGUUAGACUAAUUUUUUUUAUCAAAUAUAGUGAGUUUUAUGAUUAUCAAAUUUAUUUAUGAUUGAUUAGUCAUUUAUUGUAUUUAUGUUUAAAAGGAUUUGAUGGUUUAAGAGCUUUUGGUGAGAUUAAAUUUGGAUCAGAUAUCUGAUCAAGAUGAGGAGCUGUGAACCUUGAAUUGUAAAUUAGUUUGUUUCUGAGGAAGCAAUGUUAGCCUGCUGUUAUGGGUUAGGGUUGUGAAACACAUAUCAUGUCAUAAAAAA